AGCUACUCAGAAGCCGGUCUCGUUUGCCAUACCAUCAACUUCCUGGGGACUGUUGAUGGCCGUGACUGUUCAGCCAUUAAGGAGCCAGCCGGAGAGCGACAAGGAUUUGGUUGCUCACAGAAUUGUGGGGGUUGGCCGGCCACGUGCAAGCACAAUGUUGAACCCAUCUGUGCUGUUAUUGAUUCAUGACCAUCAGGUGUGGUUCAAUGACCCGAGGUUCAAUGGGAGCUUCCAGAGUCGGGUGUUACCCUGUUUGUACAUUGGUAACUUGAACCAUGCUACGAACGCAUACAUGCUGCAUGCGCUCAGGAUCACACAUGUCAUCUCUGUCAGUGAGUGUGCACUUAUGCCACCACCUAACCUGGAGGUGUCUGCCUCAGAAUCAUUCUGUGCCUGUGCUGGCAUGAACCCAAAUGCGCAGUUUGUCCCUGGCAAUGGCCCUGCAUGGACAUGGCUUGCUCUUCAUUGAGGAGCAUGAGGGCUGAAUUAAGGUGCUCGACAUACGGGGCAUGUGCAAUGAUGGGAUCGACAUGCUGCAGCCACAGUUGCAGCCAAUUUGUGAGUGGAUCAAUAGGGCAUGCCAGGAUGGAGGGAAGGUGCUGGUGCAUUGUCGUACAGGCUGCGGUGUGACUGUCACGAUUGCAUAUGUGAUGAAGCACCUGAACCUGCCUCUGGUUGACACCUACUUGAUCGUUCACUCCCGUUGUCUCUCUGUCUAGAUCCAGCCUAAUAUGAGACUGGCGUAUAACCUCCUCAGAUGGGAGGUUAAGCUGGCAUGCCAGCGUGCAGGCAAUGAAGAGUGCAAGCUGCAGGCUGAACUCACGUGGAGUCUCAACUGCCCAUACCUCAUGAAGGAAGUGCACGUGCUCAAUGAGAAGUAUCUGCAC